AUGUAUCAAGCUAGUAAAAGAUUGCAGGCAAUUCGCCGACAACUGAAACAAAUGGAUGAACAGUAUAGAAAUGCUAUAGAUGAAUUUGAACCUGUAACAACGGCAGAAUCGAAUGUCUGUUCUGACGAAAGGAUAGAUAAUGCACAUAAGACUGAUGAAGCUAGAGGUUCCAGCGUUGGCUACUCUACUGCUAUGAAUGUUGACAGCCAAGAAGAACAGCUAUCUAGCAGCAUGACUAUCGGGAUAGAUCUAGGAUCUUUUGUGGAUUGUUCCAGCAGUGAAGUUGCUGGAAUCCUCCUGUCAGAAGAGCUUCGGUGCGCAAUUUCAAACAUGGAGGACCUAGACGACGUAGAAAAUCUUAUAGGUAACAUGAUGAGCUCUGUACAGGUAGACACUUCUUAUGACGAGGACCUGGAAUCGGUAGUAGAACAGACAGGUAGUUUAGUGAAUGCCUCCAGCACUGAUAUUCAUCAUACGUCUGACCCAAACAAUGAAGUUGAGAAUCCUGCACAAGGAAAUAGAAUGUUCACUUCAAUCAGAGAGGAGGAAAAUUGGAAGAAAGAAAGAAAAAAGAAGGACAACCAUAAUAUUAUUGACCCAAACAAUGAAGUUGAGAAUCCUGCACAAGGAAAUAGAAUGUUCACUUCAAUCAGAGAGGAGGAAAAUUGGAAGAAAGAAAGAAAAAAGAAGGACAACCAUAAUAUUAUUGAAAGGCGGCGUCGAUAUAACAUAAACGACAGAAUCAAUGAACUGGCCACUCUUCUUCCAGCGAGCAUUCCUCAUGACCUAAAGCAAAAUAAAGGGUCCAUUUUGAAAACAUCGGUGGAAUAUAUGAAGGAACUCAUGAAGGACAAGCACACUUUGAAAAAGUUGGAGGAAAACCAAAAGGCCAUGAAUUUAAAACAUCAGAAACUGCUCAUCAAAAUUUUUCAACUGGAAUUAAAAUUGAAAUUAUAUGGCCUAUCGGAGGAUUUGGAACAUUCCAGGGUCAAAAAGAAAAAGAAGCCACAGAAACGUAUAUCUGAAAUAAACACUAUGGUAGAAGACCUUGUCAAACAAGGCAUGCCAGAGGUACUCGAACAGACUCCAAAUAUUUCAAUACCCCCUUGCAAGAAGACCAAGAACGAAGGUUGGCUGAGCAAUGACGACCAAAAGGUCAUUCCAUCAGUAAAGAUAGGUUUACGACAACAUCUCAGCAAGGGAAUGCCUACAGGAGGGCAAAACUGUCAACAAAAUAAUGACAUGUUUUAUGUUAAAUCCACUAAUGCUCAGCAUUUACAAAAACAGAAAAAAGAAGAAAUCUCCGCUCCAUCUCAUUCUUUUGACAGAAGCACAGGUAGAGCUGAUGAACUUCAUGACUCCAUGUCAUUUGAGUAUAUACUAGAGAAGGACAGUGUCACCAAUUCCGGUGGAAAUGAUGAGGAAGAUAUCCUGGAAUUGUCAACAGAACAAUGCGGCAUUUUGCUUGAUCUGUUCGAAAACAACGCGAGCGGAAAAGCACCUGAAUUGAAUACGGAUUGUUUGUCUAAUCCAGACAAAACUCCGGCUAGGGAAGAGUGCAUAUCGCCAUUAACUUCAACGUGCAACAUGUUGGAAAGUUUGCUGAGAAAGCAAGAUGUGAUACCCGAAUGUAGCUCCAAAUCUAGUGGUCUGGAGGAUUCCACCGAGAGCAUGACGGGACUGCGUUAG